CACUCCUGAGGAUUCAAACAGUCCUUUCUUCAGGGACAAGACUGAAGGAACUGUUCAGCUGCCUCUUCUGAGACUCUGCUUCAAGGGGAGCAAGAGCCCUUCACUGAAAUCCUUCCACCAUGCUGGGGCUGCUGCUGCUGCUGCAGGUGUUGGCGAGCUGCCUCUGGCUGGGACACAGCGAGGUGGUGACAGCCUUUCUAGGACCUUGUGCUCAGUUUUUCUAUGCACAGACCCCCCCAAGUGGUGCCCUGCGUCCAACAAAUGCAGCCAGGAUCUGUCAGGUCUAUGACAACAAAUAUCGCUUUGCCACCCUGUAUGACAGAAACAGGAGAAUUCCAGUGUACUCUGCUUACAUCUACCAGCCUGGAAAUGGAAGUAGAUAUGACAGAUGGUUUGUUGAGCCCCAGCUGAUCAAUGAAACGUAUAACAAGAAUAUGGAUGAAGAGGAUGACAUCAUACGAAGGUACCAGAUCACUUCAGCAGAUGUUGGCAAGAGUCAGGCUAUUGACCAAGACUACAUGAACCUCGCAGAUCUGGACCGUGGUCACUUGAGUCCCAGUAGCCACCACAAUGAUGACAAGUGGAGUUGGGCUACCUUCACCCUCACCAACAUUGUUCCUCAGGACAGAAAACUUAACCAGAAUGCCUGGAGAAUGUAUGAGGAAGAUACAAUGAGCAAAAACAGCCAGGGCUGUGAUACCACCUAUGUCAUCACGGGUGCUGUACCUGGGAACACCACCGUCCCCAGUGGGAGGGUAAAUAUACCCAGCUACAUCUGGUCAGCUGCCUGCUGUGUGAAGGACAAAAAGCCCUUGAAGGCUUGGGGGGCCCUCGCUGAGAACGAGAUAAACAAGAAUGUUGUGGAAAACCUCACCCUGGGUAGGCUGGAGACACAGCUGAAAAAACUCUAUAAUGGAACAGUUACUCUGUUCAGCAAUUCUUGUACACAGGAAUAAGCAUCGCAUUCUUGAUAGAAAAGGCUCAGGAGCUUUUCCCAUAAGUCACAGAAUCACAGAAUCACAGAAUAGGUUGGUGUGGAUAGGAUCUUAAAAC